GUUUGGCUGGAGGGUAGGCCGUCAUUGUAAAUAAGAAUUCGUUUUUAACUGACUUGCCUACUUAAAUAAAAAAGUCCAGUUGGUGGCGGCAAUACAGCUUUUUGGGUUGUAAUCCGCCAUAAAACCCACAGAAGACGACGACGACGAAGAAGAAGAAGUUAGUCAUAUGACCACGGUGUUUAUGGUUUCGGUGAGGAGGAAGUGGUUGCUGUUUAUUCGUCUACAGUUUUGCUCUGAUUCCAUAGUAUCACAACGUUCUUCGUCAAAGAACGGCCGAGAGAAUACUGAAACAGCAUGGUCACAAGGGCUGGUUUGAUGGGGGUACGAAGCCGACUCGCAGUACUUUUCUCAGUUGUGCUAUCGCCAAGUCUAUGCACCUCUUUUGGCCAGAUUGACCCCCUGGUCUAUGAUGAGCAGUUGCUGUGGGUGAGUGGCGGGGCAGGGGCGGUGAACACUUACCGGAUCCCACUGCUCUCCUUCACCCCCAAGGGCAGUCUGCUUGCCUUCGCUGAGGGCCGGAAGAAGUCCCCCAGCGAUGUGGGGGCCAAGUUCCUUGCCAUGCGACGGUCCACAGACAGAGGUGCCACGUGGUCUCCCACCACCUUCAUAGUGAACGAUGGCUUCCUGGCUGACGGACUGAACCUUGGUUCAGUGGUGGUGGAUGAGGAGACUGGCUCUGUGCUACUGAUCUACUCUCUGUGCUUCCACCAGUACCAGUGUGACCCCGCCAGUAUAAUGCUGGUGGAGAGCAUGGACGACGGACUCCGCUGGAGCCCACCAAGGAACCUCUCGGUCCAGCUGGGGGUCAAGAACUUCCUCCCUGGGCCCGGCUUCGGCAUUCAGAAGCACUACCCUCCUGCUAAGGGGCGUCUGGUGGUGUGUGGACAUGGCACCCUGGAGGGUGACGGGGUCUUCUGCAUUCUGAGUGACGACCACGGACGAAACUGGAAGAAUGGCGCCGCGCUGAAGAGCAUCCCCUACAACCAGCCCAAACAAGACCUGGACUUCAACCCAGAUGAGUGCCAGCCUGUAGAGAUGGAGGAUGGUAGCAUCGUCAUCAACGUGCGCAACCAGAACAACUACCACUGCCGCUGCCGCAUGGUGAUGCGCAGCCUGGACGGGGGUGAGACGCUACCCAUGGAGCAGCUGUUGUUUGACUCCACCCUGAUAGACCCUGUGGUAGCGGCAGGGGCGCUGCAGAAGGAAGGCGUGAUGUACUUCACCAACCCAGCUCACAGUACUCACAGGGUCAACCUAACCCUGCGCUGGUCUCUGACCAAUGGCACGUCGUGGGAGAAGAAGGCCGUCCAGAUCUGGGCGGGGCCAAGCGGCUACUCCAGUAUGACAUCACUUACGAGCGGCGGCGCAGAGGACAGGAAGUUCAUUUUCGUCAUCUACGAGAAAGGCCACAAGGACUACUAUGAGACCAUCUCCUUUGCCAAGAUCCACCUCUACGGUGGACUGUAGUAGAGUAAGGCUGGGGGGGUGGGUACUUGGUAGAGUCUGCUUCUAACCACUGGUCCAUGGUCAGGGCCCCUAUUCUCAAAGCCUCUCGGAAUGCUGAACUAGGAUACAUUUUGCCUUUUAGUUCAUAAUGGACUAGAUUAUAUAGACGGGGGACCUGAUCCUAGAUCAGCACUCCUCCUCUGAGAUGCUUUAAAAAAUAUAUAUAUAAUACCAAAUAUUUUUAUCCAUUUAAUAGUUAUGGUUAGGAUGGGGAUUGAGGAAUGUCAUCUGUGGUUAGGGUAUUUCAUCUGUGGUAAGGGGGAGGAUGUUGAAGAUUCUUUCAAGAAGGAAGGAGGACUUAUUGGACUUUGCAGCACAACUUUAUUUUGAUAGGUGAAGGGAGACUUGGAGAAAUCCGAACUACUGCUGUUGUAUGGCACCAAGAAUGACAGGUUUGUGCCACUUUAUCCUAAGGUGGACUUUUUAAAUACAUCAUGAUUUUAUUCAUUAGGGCAAAACGUAGCAAAAACCUUUCGCAACGGAAAAUGGAAAUUUGCUUUUCUUUAUUGGAUAAGUUCAGGUAGUCCCUCCCUGUUUGUCUGUUUUCCUCGAUUUGGUGCCUAAUGUACAUUUAUUAGUAUGGCCCAAUCACAGGUGUCCCGUCCUUUACUGAAGCUAUGGUAGUCUGUAAUGAUUGGUGGUAUGUUGGUGUACGCUUCCUGUCUGGGGCUCCCAUAGCUGAGGGAGGAGGAAAUCCCCCACUCACAUCUUUUAUGUUGUGAUGUGGGGAAGGAAAAAGGUUUGGGUGGGGUAUGCAUCUCCAAGCCAUACAAAUAUUGGGACAGACUUACUAAGCAUUUGCAACUGUGCUAUUUCCAUAGGGCAAAAAACUAGAACAAAGAGUAAAUAUCUAGGUUUAGAGGAGGACCAUUUUAACGCCGUGUAAAUCUAGCUCCCAUGCAUCACAGCCCAUAACAGAAUGGUUUCACUUUCAGAAUGGAUCUUGCCAACUUUUGGCAUGAGAGAAGUCUAUGAUGAGACAAUAGUUUUUGAGGGAAUGGACCUGUAAAGGAUUGACUUGUGUCAGAAUAUGACAUGCACAUUUUGAAUCCCUUUUUUUUUAAAUUAUUAUUAUAUUUUUUUUUUGAGCCAUGGAGCCAGGGAUCUGUCAUUUAAAUGUAAUGGAAAUCCCCCUUGUUGCGCUAUCAGUUGAACAUUUAUUAAAUGUGAUUGUGCCUCAACUCAGUACCUGGCACUCCCCUUGUAUGUGAAACAAAGUGACAAUUUACCUCUGGUUUCUAUAGCAUAUUUGAUCAGUCUCAUCUAUCUAGCACACUUCUGUCCACAGCAGUUGUAGUUGUUUCUCUCAGCUCACCUGGAUGCAAUCUGGAUGCAUGGCAACUCAUUGUGGCAAGAAGUUUAAUUGCCGUAUGUUAUGGUCUUUAGGUCCACUUGAUUUUGUAUUUUAUUUUGCAUAUAUUCUUCUGUUACUGUAAGACUACAUAUCUUACGAAGUUUAUUAUUCUGCCUUUCCUGAAAGUGUAACUUCAAUAGAAUGCUUUCAAUUCAUGUUUGAAGCUAAGAUUUGUGGUUUUAACAUUUUCAGAUGUGUUUUUCUGAUCAAGACAUUGAAUUCCAAUAUAAAUAGUGAUAAAGGGAGGUGUGAGUGUGAUGUGUGUCUGAGUACAAAUAUGAUAUUCUGUAUGUACGUUUGGAUAUUGUACUGAUAUAUUUCCAAUUAGUGGUAAAAUAUCAGAACUGGGCUGCCUGUUUAAAAGCAGCCAUUGAACUACAGUAUGUGGAAACAUACUGUUGUAAAAUCGUUUCAGAUCUUUACAUUUUCUUAAGCCUCUUGUCAUGUUUUGGCAUAUCCCCUGGUCUGUAGAUCAUGUACUGUAUUCUGUACUUCCCUGAACAGUUUGCCAACUCGUGUUUCAUGCUGUGUGUGUGAGCACUAGAUUCAAAUUGAGCUUUUGGAGCAAAGAAAUUGGUCCAUGAUAAACACAGUUUACGAUGUAAGACGACAGAUAGAUGUAAGAUAAGGUUAUAAAAGAGAAUACUGCAAAUAUCAAUUUAACAGCUCUUAUUAUCUCUGUCACAUUCAUAGAAGUAAUAUAUGUUGCCUUAAUAUGAUAAUGUUGCCAGAAUCUUAUAGUAGAAUCCCAAAGUGGGUCUUCUAAAAUGUAUUGUGUUAUGCAUUAAAGCAAAAUUAUAAUGGGGA